UCUCUCUCCUUCCACUGUCACAGAGCGUGGCGCCACGAGCCACUAGUUCGUGCUGAAAUCUUGAACCCGAUACAGAAAAGAAGAGGAACAUCGAAUUCAGUGAUGGCAAUAACCUCUGAUGUCUCUGACAGUGAUUGAGUUGGAGUCUUAUUCCCCUGUCCUAGAAUAUCUGAAACUCAGCUGGGCAUGAAGUGCUUACAGGACGGGGUUUUGCAUCACAUUCGCUCCAUUAAAACUGGUUCAACCUUGACCGCGGUCUCCUCGAACCAACUCGUUAAUCUUUAUGCAAAAAAUGGUUUAUUGCGGGAAGCUCGGAAUGUGUUCGACGAAAUGCCUGAGAGAAAUGUUUAUUCGUGGAAUGCCGUGAUCUCAGCCUACUUAAAGUCCAACAAUUUAAAGGAAGCGCGUGAAUUAUUCAAAAAGGAAAAUUGUGAAAGAGAUUUGGUUACGUAUAACACUUUGCUUAGUGGGUUUGCCAAAACUGAUGGGUGUGAGAGUGAAGCCAUUGAUAUGUUUGGUGAGAUGCAUAGGAAGGAGAAAGAUGGAAUUUGGAUAGACGAGUUCAACGUCACUACUAUGCUUAAACUUUCUGCGAAGUUAUCUAAUGUGUCAUAUGGCACACAGUUGCAUGGAGUUAUGGUCAAAACUGGGAAUGAUGCUACUAAAUUUGCCGUUAGUUCUCUCAUUCACAUGUAUUCGAAAUGUGGGAAGUUUAAGGAAGUUUGUAAUGUCUUUAACGGAUCGUGUGUUGAUUUUGUUGAUAGUGUGGCUAGGAACGCAAUGAUUGCAGCUUAUUGUAGAGAAGGGUAUGCACAGAGUGGAUAUGAAGAAGAAGCUUUGAAGGUAGCUGUUAGUAUGGAGGAAAGUGGGUUGAAAUGGGAUGAACACACUACCGCAGCUGUACUAAAUAUUCUGAGUAGGUUAAAGAGCCUGAAAAUCGGAAAGGAAGUACAUGCUCGGGUAUUGAAGAAUGGAUCAUAUUCUAAUAGAUUUAUAAGCAGUGGAAUAGUUGAUGUUUACAGUAAAUGUGGAAAUAUGAAGUACGCGGAGUCUGUCCAUUUGUUAUAUGGUUUUGGAAACUUGUAUUCAACUUCUUCAAUGAUCGUGGGUUAUUCUUCUCAGGGAAAGAUGGUGGAAGCAAAGAGGUUAUUCGAUUCCUUAACUGAAAAAAAUCUAGUGGUUUGGACUGCGAUGUUCUUGGGAUAUCUCAAUAUAUGUCAACCUGAUUCUGUGCUUGAACUUGCACGUGAAUUUAUAGCCAAGGAGACCAAAAUUCCUGAUUCUUUGGUCAUGGUUAGCAUCCUUGGUGCGUGCUCUUUACAAGCUUCUAUGGAACCAGGGAAGGAGAUUCACGGUCACAGCUUGAGAACAGGCAUUUUAAUGGAUAAAAGACUUGUUACUGCAUUUGUUGACAUGUACUCAAAAUGCGGAAAUGUUGAGUAUGCUGAAAAGGUAUUUGACAGUAGCUUCGAGAGAGACACAGUUAUGUACAAUGCCAUGAUAGCUGGUUGUGCUCAUCAUGGUCAUGAAGCCAAAUCUUUCCAGCUCUUUGAAGACAUGGCUGGGGGUGGAUUCAAGCCAGAUGAAAUCACGUUUAUAGCCCUCCUAUCAGCUUGUCGUCACCGCGGCUUAGUCUUAGCAGGUGAGAAAUACUUCAAGUCGAUGAUAGAGGUUUACAAUAUAUCCCCCGAGGUUGGUCAUUAUACUUGUAUGAUAGAUUUGUAUGGAAAGACCAAUAGGUUGGACAAAGCCGUAGAACUUAUGGAAGGUAUUGAUCAAGUUGAUGAAGAUGCUGUUAUUCUUGGUGCGUUUUUAAAUGCUUGCAACUGGAAUAAGAAUACAGAGCUUGUGAAGGAAGUGGAAGAGAAAUUGCUAUUCAUUGAAGGAUCUAAUGGGUCUCGCUAUAUUCAACUAGCUAAUGCAUAUGCCUCGUCUGGUAGAUGGGAUGAUAUGAAACGCAUACGGAAUCUUAUGAGAGGGAAGGAGCUAGGAAAAUUUUCUGGGUGCAGCAAGGCAUAUAUCGAUAAUCAAAUUCAUAUGUUUACUUCCUCUGAUGUUUCUCAUUUCAAAACAGAAGCUAUAUAUGCCAUGGUACAUUUUGUGACCAAGGAUUUAUCUGAAAUAGCUGAAAUCACGAUUUAAGAGAGAGGUAUUAAUUUUCUGUACAUUUUUUAUAUAGAAUACUCACAUGACCCAAGGUUGAUGAUAUCUGUUACAGUCAGAAAUUUAGUUGCACUGAGUUUUGGGUACUUAUAUUGUAUUUCACAGCUAGCUUUCUCAAUGUUCUUAUCAUCAGUAAUUGUUUGUUCAUCACUGUUUUGAGUGUUAACUUUUUGCUAAUUUUCUCGACCUGUUUUUACUUGCUUCUGUUGGAGGAUAACUCUUCUAAAGCUGCAUAAGCUAAUGACCCAUAGUUCUUCUCUUGUAUUGCAAUAUGGCUGUUAUCUUCGAAAGUUGAAGAUUGAGAAACAAAAUCCCAAGUUGUCUUAUCCAAAAUGGUUGUUUAUAACUUUCUCCAUUGAUAGAAGGGCCUCAAGUCUUAACUUAGAUUAACCAGACAACAAGGUCAUGUGAGCACCAAUAAAAUCUCUGGUCUUUAUUCAUCUCUCAUCGUCUCUGUAACAUGUUUUAGAGUUGAAGUGAAAUGUUUACUGUAUGUUUCCUUUUGUGCAAUCACUCUUACUAUUUUGUUUCUUGUUUUAUUUAGUUGGAAGUAAGCUGGGGAAAAACCAAGCAACACCAACACAAAGCAGUUAAGGCAACAACAACUGAAACAACAUCAAACCAACACAAAAACGAAAACAGCAACAGAAACCAGUACAAGAAACAUGAACUCAUGAAGAAACCAAAACACAAAACGAAAACCUUUAAAAAAAAAA